CUUCCUGGCGCACCGUGUAUAAAAGACUUACAUAUACAACACAUUUCCCUUUGAUUUUCCCCACCUGGACAGCGCGCCUUCUUCUCCCACGGCGUGUAUGCGAAUGUGUGAUUAAUCAACCAUGUCUGAUUCCGAAGAUGAGCUGAAUGUCGACCUCUCUCAAUGGAAGACGCGAAGCACGAACCCCGCCCCCGCCCCGGCCCGAUACGUCCCUGCUCCUCGGACCUUCGCCUCAAUCAACACUCCGGCUGUCGCAACCGAAACGACUACUGGAGCAGACGAUGUGGACGACUUGGACAUCGAUGCCAUCAUCCAAGGAAUAGCUGAAUCAGAUGCUGAUCCUGUUGCUGACACACGACCUACAAUUCCUCCGCCCACUACCAUUGGAAGUCCAGACCAGAAUGUUCAAGUUGUCAUCGUCCAGGACCCAAGCUUCGAUAGAGAUGCCUAUACGGACUGUACAUAUGGAGGCAGCAUCGUCCGCCGUGUGUUGAAAGAGAUUGCGAAGAAUGAAGAUGUAAAUUACAAUGUCGAAUUCGUCGACAGACACACGGAGCAGGUCUCCUUCAACGAUCUGUUAGAAUACGACAACGGUCGAGACGCUCUACAGGAACACACAGACAACGCUCAGGAGGGCAACAACUACGCCGAAGAAGACAGCGAGGUCGAGCAAAUACCGCGCCCGAGACCAAACAAGUCCGGCUACGUCAACACUGCCGAAGCCCUCGACUAUCUGGAUCAAGAAGACUAUCCCUCACGCUCAAGAAUUUCACGCAAUGCCAGACGCUACGAUAGCGACGACUCCGAUGGUCCUGCACCUCGUCGCUCCGGAAGAGUCGUGCCUGUAGAUGUCAGCUCCAGGAGAUCGUCACGCCGCCUCAAGUCAGCUUCUCAAGCCGAAUCAGACGAUGAAGAUGGCGGCUUUGUCCUGCAGUCCGACGUCCUACCCAGCAGGAAACGCAAGCGCUCUCUCAGAUCGCAGAGCAACCCCAUCAAUUACGCAGAUGUCGAUGAAGACGAUGCACAGCAAGACAACUCCAGGUCCCGCACUUCACGACCAUCUGGACAGGGUGUUCGCCAGUCUGGCCGCUCAACUCGUCAUCAGGGUGACAUGCAGGAUCCAGGUGUUAACGACAUCUAUAGAUCAGAGUCGGAACCACGUUCUGUCGCUCUACCGAAGCCUGUUGGUGCCCGGGAGUCUUUCAAGGACCUGCCACGAUCUGAUCCUUUCCGUGCUCGCCACAUCCAACAUUGCGACUCAUGUCAGAACGGCACUAACUUUGCCCCCCUGAUCUACUGUCAAGGCUGUGUCUACGCCUACCACAAGAGCUGUAUCGGCCACCGUGCAUCUCGAGAGCAUCUGGUCUCCAAAGUUGGUAAGAAUGACUUUGUUCUCCAGUGUCGUCGCUGUGUUGCUUUCCCCAUGAAGAAGGACCCUACAGCUCCUGACCACGGCAGAUGCUCCGACUGCAAGGCUCACGGCUCUUCAUGUGUUCCCUUCAGGGAGCGCAAGUCUCCUCAGCAGGAGCAAAAGGACCGCGAGGAGAACAACGGCGAUGACCCCGUCUGCUCAGUCCCCGAGAACCUUAUUAACAGCUCUGACAAUGUCAUGUUCCGCUGUACUACCUGCCACAGAGGCUUCCACUUUGAGCAUCUGCCGCCAAAAUCGGACAGUAUGAUGGACAUCGAUAGCGAAGACGUGGCGGCUCAAAGACUGCAAGAGUACAGCCAAGACUGGAGAUGCAAGGAGUGCCUCGACUGCCCAGGCAAAGUUGGAUCUCUCGUUGCUUGGAAGCCGAUCGACGAAGACAACUACGACCCGAGCUUCGGCUGUGACAGGAUCCCAGCUGACGAGAAGGCCUAUCUUGUGCGCUGGGAGGGCAAAUCAUAUUUCCAAGCUGCAUGGAUGCCCGGCCCAUGGAUCUGGGGCGUUACUGCUGGCGCAAUGCGAAAGGCGUUCGCCAAACGUGAUGAGGCACGUCGACCGAAGAUGCGGACCGAGGAUGCGAUACCCGAAGACUAUCUUCGCAUUGACAUUGUGCUAGACGUCAAGUACACGAGUAUCGUCGAUAUCUCGACCGAAGAGGUUGACAAAGCACGCAUCCGCGAAGUCGACACAGCCUUGGUCAAGUACAAAGGCCUCGGCUACGAAGAUGUGGUCUGGGAGAAGCCUCCUACACCUGAUGAUGUUGAUCGCUGGACCGACUUCUUUGUCGCCUACAACGACUGGGUACUUGGCAGAUUCGUGAAGCAACCGAAGCCACAGCAACUCAAGAUUCGCUUGGAAAAGGCAAGAUCGCUCGACUUCGCGGCCAAGCUUGAAAAGAAGAAGCAGCCCAGCAACAUCUCAGGAGGAGAGCUCAUGAACUACCAGAUGGAAGGCCUCAAUUGGCUCUACUACAAGUGGUACACGCACAAGAACGCUAUCUUGGCUGAUGAGAUGGGUCUUGGAAAGACUAUCCAGAUCAUCUCCUUCCUUGCCACCUUGGUUUCAGAUUGGAACUGCUUCCCGUUCUUGGUUGUCGUGCCCAACUCGACUUGCGCCAAUUGGCGUCGCGAGGUCAAGCAAUGGGCUCCUUCUUUGAGAGUCGUUGCCUACUUUGGAAGCAAGGAAGCCCGCGAUCUCACCUACCGCUACGAGCUCUUCGCCCGUGACAGCAGAGAGCUAAGAUGUCAUAUUGUGGUCACGUCCUAUGACUGCGCAGCAGAUGACAGCGCCCGCAAGUUCUUCAGAUCCAUUUCCUGGCAAGCACUCAUUGUAGACGAAGGACAACGUCUCAAGAGCGACAAGUCACAGCUCUAUUCUGCACUGGCAUCCCUUAAGGCUCCCUUCAAGGUCCUUAUGACAGGUACACCUUUGCAAAACAGUGCACGUGAAUUGUUCAACCUAUUGCAAUUCCUUGACGACACGUUUGAUGCUAGUCAGCUAGAAGAAAGGUUCCAAGAACUUGACCAAGCCAAAAUCCAGGAGCUCCACGGUAUCAUUCGACCUUUCUUCUUGCGUCGCACCAAGGCUCAAGUCUUGACUUUCCUUCCACCAAUGGCUCAGGUAAUUGUACCUGUCUCCAUGUCGACCGUCCAAAAGAAGCUGUACAAGACCAUCCUUGCCAAGAAUCCUGAUCUCAUGCGUGCCAUCUUCCAAGGAGCAAAAGAGCUCAGACCCACAGAACGUGCCAGCUUGAACAACAUCCUCAUGCAGCUGCGCAAGUGCCUGUGCCAUCCGUUCGUCUACAGCACCGAGAUCGAAGAAAGAAAUGUGUCGCAGGCUGUCAGCCACCGUAACCUGGUCGAUGCUAGUGGAAAGCUACAACUGCUCGAGACUCUUCUUCCUAAGCUCAAGGAGCGCGGCCAUCGUGUACUAAUAUUUAGUCAGUUCCUUGACAUGCUUACAAUGGUGGAAGACUUCCUUGAUGGUCUAGAGAUGAGAUGCCAACGCCUUGAUGGCACCAUCAGCAGUUUGGAAAAGCAGAAGCGUAUCGACGAGUUCAAUGCGCCUGACUCUCAGUUGUUCGCUUUCCUGCUCUCUACUCGCGCUGGUGGCGUUGGCAUCAACUUGGCCACAGCAGACACUGUCAUCAUCCUGGAUCCUGACUUCAACCCCCAUCAAGACAUUCAAGCACUGAGUCGAGCUCAUCGUAUCGGUCAAAAGAAGAAGGUUUUGUGUUUCCAGAUUGUCACUCGUGCCAGUGCCGAAGAGAAGAUCAUGUCUUAUGGAAGACGCAAGAUGGCUCUAGAUCACGUUUUGAUCGAGCAGAUGGAUGCGGAUGAUGCUACCGACCGUGAUCUCGAAGGUAUUCUUCGCCAUGGUACCAAGGAGCUGUUCGAUGACGAUGGCGAGAAGGACAUCAAAUACGAUGCGGCUGCAAUUGAUAGGUUGCUCGAAGUUAGUCACGUCGAGCACACCAAGGCCGGCGAAGACAAGUCUGCAGAGUCCACCUUCUCGUUCGCCAGAGUCUGGGCCAAUAACGAGCUGGAAGACACGGCCAUCGAAGGACCGGAAGCAACUGAGGUCGCUCCUGAUCGUGAUGUGUGGGACAAGAUUCUCAAGGAGCGUGAAAGAAUCGCCGCAGCUGAAGCAGCCGCUGCUGAACAGGCAUUCGGACGCGGUCGCCGAGCCAAAGCAACUGUGGACUACGGUGAUGGUAUUAACCAAGAGGGCCCAAACGCUGUCGAGGGACCUAAAGACAACGAUGAAGGCUCAUCUGCCCGUGUAUCCAAGAGGGCGCAGUUGGACGAAGAAAAUGACACCGACUUCCAGGACGACAGUGACGAAGAGAGUGUUGCAGCGGAAGAGGUCGAAGAUGUUGUUGAUCCGACAGAGCUACACAUCCCCGAUCAAAGACAGACAGCGUCGAAGCUGGUCAAAACAUCUGGUAAGGAACUUCUCUUGAAACGAACCCCCACGAAGCCACGCAAGAGUCCAAAGAAGACCAAGACUCCAGUCUCAACACCCAAGAAGAAAGCGGCCUCAACGCCCAAGAAAAAGAAGCGUGCAGCUCCCGUCACACCUGGCUCUGCUGUGCGCAAAGUCAAAAACUCUCUGUCCUUGACUCCAACAGUAUCCAAUGGCAGAAAGGCUAGAGAGGCACAAAUGAACAUGCAGCAAUAUGGCGUCUCGGGAUCAAACGAGGGAUUCGUCGAUCUCACAGGAGACAGUGACGGCGAUCUCGUCCUCAUUGGUCCCCUGCGUGCUGCAGUUCCUCCUCGAUCAACUGAAGAAGAAGAAGUGCUCUGAACCUAUGCUGACCCUUGUACUAUUACCCAGCCCACUUCAACACCUUCCGUCGCGUUAAUAUACCAAAUUACCGCAACUACGAUCCCG